UGCGUAGGUGUGACUAAACAUCUUGAAACGUAUAAAAAGCGCUACUUCUCUGCAUUAUAAACAUAACUCGGCAAGAGACACAGAGACAGAUACAACCCAACGGUGAACGAAACAACAGAGAGAGAGAGAGAGAGAGAAAUAGAUAAGGCAUACAGAAAUAUAAAAAGGUGUUAUAAUGGGAAAAGUUAUAUUUCUAUUUGCUGUUUUGGCGGUAGCUUUCGCGCCAUCUUACAGUCGCGAGGUGGUACCAUCAGGCCUCUAUCCAGCCUAUGUCAGUAACGGCGUUCAAAUAUUGGUGUUGCAAAUAGAAGCCGACCAAGUAGCAUACAAUGUCUCCCUCGAGAGGUUUAAAGUCGUAAACGCUUCUUGUAAUAAAGUAGUAGAAACGAAGACACAACUCUGUGUUGACUGCGUUAAAGAGAAGUGCGAAGCUCGCGCGCAGGAUGUCUGCUCACCAACGGGCUUCAACAAGUUUUUGUACGAUUCGAAAGUUUUCUUUGAAAGUGGUCUUCCCAACUUCUUCACUUCAUCUCUUCCAAAUUUCGUAGUGGGAGACGCUAAACGUCCUUUUGUUUAUCUUGGAACAGAAACUGACAAAUUCUUCACAAAUGGCGGUUUUCAGACGGGACUGCAUGCAACUGGCGACUUCUUCAAAAAUAUCGGAUCAGGCCUUGCGAAUAUAAAGAAUAUUGAUUUUGGAAACUUAAUGAGUAACAUUGGAAGCAGUUUGGGGAACUUGUUUGGGAAGCUUGAUUUUGGUUUAGGCAAAAGGCGACGUCGAGACUUGUACGAGAUUCUCACCAAUGCACACAGAGUCCGUCGUUCCGGACAACCGACCUGCAACGCUCUUCAGAGUAAUGCCUCCGCCGCGUGCUCUUAUUACAUCCCUGAGUGCCCCGAUUGCGACAUCGUGAAAACCAGAGACUGCGAUGGAUACGAAGUCGCCCUAAAAGACGUGCUUCAGGCCUUGAGUGACUUGAGGUGGCUCUCACUGUACAAAGAAAACAAGUAUGAAAUUUAUGAGAUUUCCUACGGCCAGGCAGUACCCUACGGUACACCUAUACCUAUUGCCAGUGUCAAGGCUAAUCUUUUUGGCAAUGUCGUCAUCUACGAUGUGGAGAAUAUGAAUAUGUUUGACUUAAGUGGGACCGGAAUAGCCAUUGCUGAGGGAGCCAUCGCUGCCCUUAAAGCCGAGGCCGCUAAGAAUACCGCUUAGGCCUCCUUAUUCCCAAAAUUUCCAUCGGAGCUUGUCCCAAUGUGCUUGUACCAAAAUAUUGACUUUACAUUCCAUAUAUACUUUACAAUAUACUUUAUAUAUGUGGUUGUCUAUUUACUAUCGGUUAACUAUCGUGCUUUCAUGAAUGCAAACAAGUUACUCUUAUCCAAGUGUAAGUCUGGAAACGUACGUGGUCGUUUUAGAGCCACCGAUUUCCUUUUCUUAUUUUUACACAUGUUUUUGACAUUUCCAUGUUAUAUAGUUUCGACUGCAUUUAGUUUUUUUUAUAAGUGAGAUCCCGUUUUUUUAUCCGAAUAUUUGAAUUUGGCGGAAUUGGAGCAAAAUAAAACCAUCGCAUGCUUAAUAAAAUACAUUUAUGCAUCAAA